AUGAAUCCAGAGAAUAGAGAUCAUUAUGGAUUUCCGAAGCAAAACACUCAAACACCAAGUAAGGAAGAAAUGCUAAAGAUUAAUGCAAGGAUUGAAAAGUGGAGGAAAAUGAUCCCCAAGAUUCCCCAAUUGAUGGCAAACAACGAUUCGAAGCUUAAAUCUCGAUUAAGAAAAGGCAUACCUGAAGGUAUCAGAAUGCUCAUUUGGCCUUGUUUGGCUGAAAUAGAUUAAAUGAAGAUACAAGCAAAAAGAACUUAUAAGGAGCUCGUAGAAUCUCAAGAAAUAUCGCCCCAUGAUAGCCAAAUCACCUUGGAUGUCAUGCGUACAUUCCAAACAAAUGAUCUAAUCAAAAUGGACACUAUCACAAGUCAAUCUCUCUUCACAGUGCUUAGAGCAAUCAGCUUGACCUUUUAAGACAUGGGAUAUUGUUAGGGAUUGAACUAUUUAGCAGGCUCAUUUUUAUUAUUGAUGAAUGAUGAAUUGGUCUAUUGGCAUUUGUAUAGUUUGCUGACUAAAUAUGGUUGCCUUGAUACUUAUAUUAAUCCUACUAAUACAUUAAAAUAUUUCUAUGCAUUGGACAUUUUGGUCAAGUAAUUCUUGCCUGAUUUACAUGCAAAGUUCACUAAGUUCAAUAUUGUACCCUUUUAUUAUGCUGCAGAAUGGUUUAUCACUCUCUUUAGUUCAAUUCUGCCAAUGCAAAUCUUUUUAAGGGUCACCGAUAUCUUUUGGCAUGAGCAUCACAAGACAACCUUCAGAGCCUCUUUAGCCAUACUUAAGAUAAGGAAAGAAGAGAUUUUGACUGCCAAAACAAUGGAGUAAGCCAUUACUAUUCUCAAAGACUAGAAAUUCUUUAAUAAUUAUGAUCCAGACAAGUUCAUUAAAAUAGCAAUGAAGGAUUUCAUCUUUUCAAAAAAAGAUCUUCGCAAAUAUUAUGAUCAAUUUGCUGCUUCCCAAAAGAAAUGA